AUGAAACGUUGUAGUAGUUGCAAAAAUUUUUUACCUGAAACCGCAUUUAAAAAAAUUAAAGCAACAUUAUCAAAAACUUGUAAUCAAUGUUUGGAUUAUCAAAACUAUAAAAAUUGUGAAAUUCGAAAAUCAAAAAAAAAUUCUCAAGAUAAUGUUUAUAUAUUUAAUAAUGAUGAUAUUGAAUUGGCCGAGAUUCAUAUUAAUCAAUUAUCACAAUUUGUUGAAGAAUUUGUUGCCAAUGAGAAAAAUAAGGAGUUUGAGCUAAAUAUAUUAUUCGAUAUUAAUGUAGAGAUGAAUUCAAUUACUCAAGUUGCUAAAAAAUUACGUGAAAUAAUUGAAGAUAGUGAUGGUUAUAAAUGGAACUUUUGGAAAGCUAAUUAUUCAACUUGCCUUCCUGACCAAAAAGGAAUAAUAUAUUAUCAUUGCAGUCAAUCUGCAGUUUUAAAUAAAUUUAAAAAUUCUAAUAGAAAACAAAUUACAAGAUUUGAAUGUAAUGGACAGCUUAUUAUUCGCAUUAAUAUGAUAAAUUCUAAAGCUUAUAUUAAAGUCAAGCAUUUAUUAUAUCAUGAGUGUCCUGCUAUUUUUACUGGUGUUUCAAAGGAAAUAAUUGCUGAAAUAAAUCAAAAUUAUCAUCUUGAUUCUUUACAACUUCAUUCUUAUUUUUUUACACAUUUUGAUUUACAAGAUAUUACACCUAAACAAAUUUAUUAUUGGUGGAGUGUUUUAAUUCAAUCAAAGUAUCAAAAACAUAAAGAUCCUAUUUGUUCAGCUAUUAUUUUACUUCAAGAACAAUUUCAAGAUUAUCAUUUUGAGCUUUACAGAAUUAUUGGAGAAUAUCAAGAAACUGGAUUUGCUUUGGGCUAUUUAAUUUUAGAUAUAAUUCGAAUUAAUGGAGAGUUGAAAUUAUCUAAAUCAGAAAUUUUAACUCAAUUUUUAUUAAAAUUUCAAAUUCUUGGUCUUUCACCUGAUUUUAUAUUUAUCGACAAAGAUUUUACUCUAAUUAAUGCAAUAAAAAAUGUAUGGCCAAAUAAAGGCAUUCAAUUAUAUCUCUGGCAUUUGAAAAAAGUUAUACUUAUAAAAAUAAAAUCAAAUAAACAACAAGCAAUUGAUAGUAGUACAUAUCGAUUAAUUUAUAAUACCUUUUAUUGCAAUCGACAAUAUCCAUUUUGGAUUCAAAUAUCAGAAGAAUCAAAUAUUUUAAACAUAGUUGAAAAUGAAGUUCAAAUAUCAGAAGAAUCAAAUAUUUUAAACAUACUUGAAAGUGAUAAUGAAAAUAAUUUAGUAAUAGAAGAAAUCGAAAGAAAAAUUGAAAAACAUGAGCAAUUUAUUCAAUAUGUUCAAGAAGAAUAUGAAGCAGGAAAUAUUCAACAUGUAAAAGCAUUAUUAAAUGGAUCUAAAAGAAUUUAUACAAUGAUAGAUGAUAUUAAAAAGGCACAAAGCAAAUGA